AUGGGUAUUGGCGGUUUGUACACCGAAUUUAGUGCUAUAUUCAGGAGGGCUUUUGCUUCCCGAAUAUUCCCGCCUAAUCUAGUAAAGAAGCUCGGUAUUCAACAUGUGCAAGAAAUCCUUCUUAAUGGCCCGCCAGGAACUGGGAAAACUUUGAUUGCCCGCCAGAUUGGCAAGAUGUUGAACGCUCGUGAGCCUAAAGUCAUCAAUGGCCCUGAAGUAUUCAACAAGUACGUCGAGCAAUCUGAAGAGAAUAUUCGAAAACCUUUUGCCGACGCAGAAAAAGAGUACAAAGAGAAGGGCGAUGAUAGCGGCCUGCAUGUCAUCAUAUUUGAUGAACUAGAUGCGGUCUGUAAACAGAGGGGAUUAAGUGGAAGUGGUGUCGGUGAUAGCAUUGUGAACCAGCUCCUUUCGAAAUUGGAUGGCGUGGAUCAACUGAAUAAUGUUCUUCUGAUCGGUAUGACGAACAGAAUGGAUAUGAUCGACGGAGCCCUGUUGCGGGUCGGACGCCUUGAAGUUCACAUGCAGAUUCCAUUUCCAGAUGAAGCAGGCCGUGCCCAAAUUCUCAAGAUUCAUACCCGGAAAAUGCGCGCCAACAACGUCAUUGCUAACGACAUUCAAGUCGAUGAGCUGGCUACGAGGACUAAGAGCUUUUCCGGCGCGGGGAUCAAUGGACUUAUCAAAGCCGCUUCAUCCUUUGCUUUCAACCGCCAUAUCAAAGUUGGCACCAUGGCUUCAAUCAAUUCCGAUGUAGAGCACAUGCAAGUCAAUCGUAAUGGCUUCUUGGGUGCUCUCGAAGAGGUCAAGCCGUUAUUUGGCGCAGCUGAAGAGGAACUUCAAGAUCGUAUACGUGGCGUCCGCAAAGGUUCGACGCCGGUAUUUUCUGUUGUCUUACAUGGGCCGCCUGGCAGUGGCAAAACGGCGCUGGCGGCCAAAAUAGCCAUCGACUCCAAAUUUCCAUUCGUCAAACUUGUAUCGCCCGAAGAUUUGAUCGGAUUCAGUGACAUACAAAAGGUGCAAAAGCUUGAAAAGGUUUUUCAAGAUGCUUACAAAAGCCCUCUCGAUAUGAUUGUCAUUGAUAAUAUUGAACUGUUGAUAAGUUGGUCACCUGUGUUGUCAAUCUUCAGCAAUACUGUACUAGUCGCGCUCAAGAAUCUCUGCCUUUUGAUACUUGCAACUACUUCCGAACGAUCAGUGCUCAACCGCUUAGAGCUUUCACACCGGUUCGAUGCAGAGAUCGAGGUGCGACACGUUAACACAAAGACUGAGCUCGAGUAUAUUUUGCAUGAAUCAGCGGGACUCUCGGAUGUUCAUCAGCAUAGUGCGACAGAGAAAAUUGAAGAGAUGACGGGUAGUGCAAACUUAAGAGUUAGCAUAAAAAAGAUCUUGACAGUCGUCCAGACAGCCAAAGAAGACAAAGAUGUACCUGGCCGGUUUGUUAGAAUCAUCUCUCAAGCUAUUGCAAACAACCGAUGCUUGCACAAUUAGAGACUAAUAUCAAGUCAAAGUUGCAUAUGAGAGUCAUACCAACAUGGAGAACUGGCUUUAGGGAAG